CAGUGCCCCAAAGAACGAUGUCAUGAUCAACCACUGGGCAUGGCCGAGCUCCGGCGGUGUCGACGGAAACCCGCCGGAAUCAGUACCCUACCAAUGGAUUCCCCACCCUGGUCUCCAGCUCCCCGACCACCAGGAGCAUGAGAUGUCAGUCUUCUCGCCGUACGGCCAGCACAUGGUGGAACUCUCGGGCGGCAUUGACAACCACUACCACCACCAACAGCAGCAGCAAGAGCACGGUCACCUGGCGGUGGGCGGAGGGUGGGGGACAGCGGAGGAGGUUGCGUUGGGCGGCUUUCCGGCGAGGAUAGGGCUGGAUUUAGGGGGUAGGACGUACUUUUCGGCGGAGGACAGGUGGGGAGUGCGGGGGCCGGUGGUGGCGGUAGGCGGUCUUGGUGGUGGUGGAGUGAGCGCAGCGGCGAGCGUGCCGAGGUGCCAGGCGGAAGGGUGUAGGGCUGACCUGAGGGCGGCGAAGCAUUACCACAGAAGGCACAAGGUGUGCGAGCUGCACUCGAAGGCGGCCACCGUGGUGGUAGCCGGCGGCAUCACACAGCGCUUCUGCCAACAAUGCAGUAGGUUUCAUGCCUUAUCUGAGUUUGAUGAGGGAAAAAGAAGUUGCAGAAAGAGACUCGCCGACCAUAACAGAAGGAGAAGAAAAAGCCAACCUGCUACCUCCUCCUCCACUACCACCAGCACCACAUCCCCGCAACCUGAUUCUCUCUCUACCAACUUUUCCGCCAUGGAAGAAGCUCCUCAUCAAAGUGAUAGCAGUGGACAAAACCAUCGGCCAAUGAAAGUGUUGGCGGCGGAGAAUGCGAUCCCUUGGCUGAGAUCAACACCUUCAGUUUCUGAAUUCUGCAUGAAGAGGAGGUCAGAAGAAGAGGAUGCAGUGGAUUCAGGCGCUGAUGCUGAGGUGUUGUCUUGUGUUCAGACCUUCUUGCCGCUGCAUUCUUCUCCCCAGUGGCUUCAUGUCUCCCGUGCGAAUAAUAUAGGCGACAAUGUCGCCCUCUAACUUUGAUUCGUUGCCUGAAUUCUAUGUAUGGGAGAAUUGAAUUCAAGUAGUAAUAAUCUUUGUAGAUGUAUACCUAUCUGUAUGUAAUAUCUGGAGUCGUUUCCUCCUGCUGUUUUUACUCUGUUGCUGCCUUUUAGUUGAGCUAGUGAUCAGUUAAAUCUUCUUAUCAUGUGUUUUAGAGAAGGAUGCCAUAUUUGUGUGCUGCACGUGUUCUGCGUACACAAGCUCCUUAUUGUUCUAAUAUUUGUCAAUUUCCAGAACUCUUCAUCUCAAUGGGGUCUUUGUGGCCAUAAA